AUGGAUACCUCAAUUGCUUCUGAGGAUACCCGAGCUGGGGGACGCUCCCGUCGUGUCUCGCUCCCGCCUGCGUACCUGCGAGCGUCAUACCAGUUGACGAUGCCGCGAGGUCGACUGUCCAACGGGAACCGUGGGGCGCCCUUACCCAAGAGCCUGAGCUUCCGCAAGAAGGGGAAGGAGGUGGUGCAGCCAGAGGAAGAUGACGGCACUGGGGCGGAGAGUGCAGAUUCGUCCGAGCGCAGCGAGGAUGAGGACGAGGAAGGCGGAGACACGUCGGCAUCAGGAUCAGGCGAAGAAUCAGCCGAGCCCGCUAAGGGGGGGAAGACGGACGACGAUGGGCGUGCGGGACCAUCCGCGGCCAACGCUGACACUCGCGCUAAUCACGACGUGGACGGACUGGUGGGACCCACACGCUGGGACACAGUGGACGCCAACAGCGAUGACGUGCGCAUACCGAGCCGUAUCCUCGAGCAACUCAUUCAGGCUCAGGACAAGAGCGCCAAGGAGAACGCGCGGUUGGAGGCGCUGUUCUUGAAUGCGAUGUCUCGGCCGUCCAGUGGCUCUCAUAAGCGUAAGGCGACCAGGCAGAGAGACCCGGGGCAGGGUUGUAUGAACCCGAAGCGUAAGCGUGGCGAGACGUGGAGUGGCGGGUCAGACGAUGACGGCGAGGACGACGAUGACGACACACAUGGAUCUGGUGGCCGUCAUAUGCGCACGGCCAGGUCUCCUAUUCUGCAGCGCGCCUUGGAGCAUUUGCCUGCGGACAAGGCGUGGAAGCGGGUGUGCGAGCUGGCCAGGGUGCACAUGUUUCUCAACAGGCCGACGUCGAUGAUGACCUUCUACCCGAGCAGCGACGACAAGACACACGGGGUGUGUGCGGUGCUGGACCGCCUGCCGCAUAGCUUCGCCUGUUUGGCGUUGGCGGCUGACAAGUCGCGUCGCGCUGAUCUCAACAAGACACUCUCUGAGUGGAAGACGCGGGCUGCCGCCCGCGUGCGCGACAUUGCACUUCCCAAGCUCGGCUUGUUCCGCGACGAUCGGGACGCAUCCAGCCCAUGGGCACCGGAGAAGGAACGCAGUAUUGAGAAGAUCCGGGAGCGCAUUGGGUUCGGCGCUGACCCCCCUGACCGGGAUGGCAUGCCGUUCGCCUCUCGGGCGUUCGCGACAUGUGCGAAGGCUGCAUUCAGGCCCAAGAAGGCCGGCCUGGUGAUGACGCUGAAGGUGUACCACCUGGCCUGGUUGGAGCAUGUGGUCUCCGACUGCGUCCUCUACUGGGAGCAGAGGAAAGGCCGGCUUUCCAACUCGGCCGGCGGAAACGCCCACGUUGUGGACGGCCUCAAGGUCCUGGUUAAGGAGGCCGUGGAGAGGGCGAUCAGGAUCCGCAACCCGGAGUAUGACGCGGAGCGGGAGGCGUGGAUCUGGGGGCGCCAUGGUCUGCGCAUCUCUGCGUGCGGCCUGGAGCACAUGAGGCCCGCCGGCGCAGCCCAGCCGGAGGAGCCAGUGGGGGACGACGACCUUUCGGCAUCCGUGGGGGAUGAGUAG